AUGCGAGCCUUCCUUCGCCGCCCACUGCGCCAGAGCGCGCGGUCGCUCACGAGCCUCGCCGUGCAAUCGCACAAGGCGACGAACGUAGCGGCGUCUACCGCGCCCAAGCACGUGCUCUGCCUCGACGUCACCGACCGCGUCUGCAUCGACGAAUUCCUUCAGCAAGGCCUUCAUGUUGACGAGAUGUCGAGCGCGAGCCUGAUCGAGGCGCUCGCACCCGAUGGCGCUGAUCUUUCCAAGUACGAUGCGAUGCUCAUGGACCGCCAGACGCGACUGCCGCUCUCGGACCUCCUCACGCACGCAACACGCCUCAAACUCAUUGGUGUCCCCGGCGCGCAGACUGCGCACGUCGACAUCCUCGCCGCGACGAACAAGGGCGUCAUGGUGCAGAACAUCAGUACCAAGGUCGGUGGAAAGUCGGCUGUGGAAGCUGAGAUGGUGUUGAGCUUCCUUCUCCAAAUCAUGCGUAAGAUUCCCCGUGCUGUCGCCGCCACACGUAGCACGAGUAUCGACGCUGACACGAAUGCGUUCACGGGCGAAGAGCUCCAAGGCAAGGCGAUCGGGAUCAUUGGCCUCAAUGAGACGGGUCAGCGAGUCGGUGAGCUGGCCACGGCAAUGGGCAUGCGCGUCCUUGCGUACGACCCGACCGUCUCGGAAGAGGCCGCCGCGCUCUCGGGAAUCGCCAAGUGCGCGACGCUCCCUGAGCUCUACGCGACGAGUGACGUGCUUACCUUCCACGUCCCGCUCACUAGCCGGACGCGGCAGAUGUUCAACGCUUCCGCGCUGGCCCACUGCAAGCGCGGUGUCCGCCUCGUCGCUGUCGGCGGCUUUGGUGUCCUUGACGCCGGUGCAGUCGCCGACGGUUUGGCUACCGAGCACAUUGGCGGCAUUGCGCUCGAGAUGCCGUCGCCAGACGUUCAGGUCGAUGCGUGGUCGCCCGUGCUCUCGCACCCGUCGGCGGUUGUCGCUCCGUACGACGCCGACGCGACGUCGGACGAAUCGGCGCGCAUGUACAAGAUGAUUGCGGAAAACAUGUGUGCGGCGCUCGAUGAGCGUGCGUUCCCUGGUGUCGUCAACGGCGUCUUCAUGCCGCUGACGCUCGUACCUGAGAUGAAACCAUUCCUUGCACUCUCGGAGAGCCUCGGCCGCUUCGUCAUGGAGCUGCUACCGCCUGCAAGCCGAAAGGACCUCCGAAAGCUCACAAUCUCGACGGCUGGCGGCAAGGACAUUGACAUCACGACGCCGAAGGCGCGCUCGGCACUGCAGGCCGCGCUUCUCAAGGGUAUGCUCGAGGUGUCCCAGCCGCAAACGGCCUUUUCGUAUCUGAAUGCAAGCUUGGUUGCGAUGGCGCAGGGCGUCGACGUUCGCUUGGGCGACGUCGAGAACGACUCGGAUCUGCGCCUGAAGAACGCCGUGCAUAUCGAGGUCGAGCUCAAGGGUGGUUUGAAGCUCACGGUCGUCGGCAGUGUCUUUGGCGAGGAGCCGCGCAUUGUGCAGGUCGACGAGUACACCGAGUUCCCUGCGUUCAAGCCCAAUGGCACACUCCUUUUCUUCAACAACCAAGACAAGCCCGGCGCGAUCAGCCACGUGUUGCAGCAGCUGGCAUUGGCCAAGAUCAACAUUGCGUCCAUGGGCCUCGCGCGCCAGACCAACCAGCCGCUCGCGCUCGGCAUUCUCACGCUCGACGAUGACAUGACGGACGAGACUCUGGCUCGGAUUCAGGGCCUUGAGGGUAUUACCAACGUCCGUCUCGCACGCAUGGGCGCGGCCAUCGAGUAA